AUGGGUGAGAGCAUAGUCAGAGGAACCAUCAUUGGUGCUGCAAUAGGAGGAGUUGGGGCUGUGAUUGCUGCUCCCAUAGCCCUGAGUGCCCUGGGCUUCACUGGAGCAGGAAUUGCAGCAGGAUCCAUAGCAGCCAAGAUGAUGUCAGCAGCAGCAAUCGCCAAUGGGGGUGGAGUUGCAGCAGGAAGCCUGGUAGCCACACUGCAGUCAGUGGGGGCAGUUGGACUCUCUGCAUCAUCCAACAUCAUCCUGGGCUCAGUUGGGGCAGCUGUUGGGGCAGCUGUUGAGCAAGCUUCUGAAACCUUGCUUGAAUUUAUUAAACAACGGCGGGACCCAACAGAAGAAUCAGAAGACAGUGAACCUGAAGAUGAUCCUCCAAAUUCAUCAUUGAAGUCAGAGAAAGAUGAAAAAUAA